UCCCCUCUGAUCUCUAUUUUACCACCCCCAACAUUAUUGUACCCUUUCUGAACUCAACUUCUCAUUUCUUCUUUCUUCUCACUGGAACCACCCUUUUCUUGUUUCUCCGGCUAACAUGACGGAAUCCGGCUGGUGCUGCCACUGCUGCUUUAAGUUCAUCAUAACUACCGGCUUUGCAGCUCUGUUCUUAUGGCUAAGCCUUCGAACCCACAAACCCAAAUGUUCAAUCGAAUUUUUCUACAUUCCAGCCUUAAAUCAAUCCUUAAAUUCCCCCUCAAAUUCCACCCUCCUCUUCGAUCUGCGUCUCAAAAACCAGAACAAAGAUAAAUCCGUCUACUACGACUCUAUCUCUCUCAACCUCACGCUCGUUGGAGCCCCGGACGGAACUCGGCGGCCGGUGGGGAACUUGACCGUGCCUGGAUUUCACCAAGGCCGCGAUAAGAAGGCGUUCAGGAAGGAGACCGUCGAGGCCCGUGGAGUGGAUUGGAAGGCGGUUUCCCGGAAUGGACCGGUGGUUGUCCGGCUGGAUUUCGCGACGGCGGUCAGGUACAAGAUCUUGUUCUGGAAGACAAAGAGGGAGAAUUUGAGACUCGGGGCAGAGGUCAAAGUCAACCGGCAGGGAGAAAAGGACUACCCACGUAGCAUUACGCUCAACUCCGGCGCCGCCGUGCCCAGUGGCUCGCUGAUGAGGGUUAUUUGGAGCUUUUGGGUCUUUGUUUUGUGGAAAUUUUUGUGAAACCUUGGAAAGGAAAUUUUGGGAUUUGAAUUGAAGCUGUUGUAGUGGGGUUUGUUUGAUUUCAUGGAAUUUUUGGCCGGCGUUUUUGGUCGGAAGUGUUCUCCACCGCCCACUCACGGCCGACGGUGGAAGGUAGAUAAAUUAUUAUUAUUAUUAUUAUUUUCUUGAAAAAUUACUUUUAGUCUCUAAAUUUUUA